AUGGCCCGGAGGACCGUCGAAAAUUUCAACGGAUUUGUGGCGGCUGCGGCUCGUCCGCCGCCGAAGAAAUCCACCGCCGCACAACCGGGUGCGACAAGCCGAGCCAGGCCCGCGGCAACCGUGACCGGCGGCAAGAGGAACGUACCGGCGCCCGCUGUGAAGACUGCCGGCGCGGCGUCGCUCGCGCCAUCGACCAAGAACAGAGAUCAACAUAACACCCGUCCAUUUACAAAACUGGAAAAACCGCAACGAAAUGUUACUACGAAAAAACUCUCGGUCGAUGUUAAAAAUAAACACGUAAAAGUUAAUAUCAACCAAAAUGAAAAUAAAACACACAAAGAAGAAAAAGCAAUUGUUGACAAAGUUGACAAUAGUGAUACAGUUCAAAGCAAUUCAUCUGACCUAUCAGAUAACCAAGACUACGAAGAUGACUUUGAAGAUUAUGAAUCCGACUUUGAAUCUGAUACUUCAGUUGAUUCAUUGGUUGUUGGAUCGCCAUUGAAACCAACCGUGCUAAGCCAAUCGAUAUCAAAUGACACUGUAAGUGUUAAGUUUGCGCUGCCCAUGUGUGUAGAAGAAAAAAUUGAACCAUUCUUAGAUGAGAAGUUUGAAAUAAAUUCUUUAGAACAUACCAUUGAAAUGGGACUAAACAACUUUAAAACUGCUGGAAAAAGAAAGCGAGAACAAGAAGUAAAAGACAAAAUCCAAACUAGGGGUAAUAUUUUAAUGGAAAUGAUUAAGUUAGACACUGUUAGCUUUUCACUGUUAGAACUGCCUGCAAUACCUUAUGAACAAUAUAUAAAAAUGUACGGACGAUCAAACAUGAUGCAGGUACAAACACAAACUCACGAUGAAAACGCGGAGAAGGAAGUACAAACUAAUGAAAGUAAUGUGGUCGAAAAAUGGACUCAACAUCCUAUUGUCUUGACAAAUGAAUUAGACUGUUCAUCGAUUGAAUAUUUGAGAGCGAAACUGGGCGUCGGUGGUACUGAACCACCUGAUGAUCGUCGUCAAACACACAUAACCAUGGUAGAUCCCGACAGAGUAGUCGAGGUCGCCCGAAUGAUGCUAUCGAUGUUGGAACAGCAGUCGAUGGAUCGAGCUGAACAUUUACUAGUGGCUAAUGACUUUGACUUGGGUUUCAGCAACGGACAUCUACGCCCAGCUAUUUCCUUUUGGAAAUUUCUCGAAAAACGCCCAGUCACAUCCAUAGAAUUUUUGAGAGUCACGUCAAUUGUCGAAUCUCUUGUUACGACGCAUGAAGUGAUGGAUUCGUUUUAUCAAUAUGUUAUAUGUAUUUGGAGUGUAUCAAUAACAGAACAUCCUGAGUAUAUUCUUAAAUGUCCUAACCGUGUUACAUCAUUUUGCACUAUUUUUAAGUCAACUAUAGGAUUUGUUACGGCUGCACACGUGGAUGGGAGUAUAUGUGUGUGGGAUUUAAGAGAAGCCAAACUACAUCAUCAACAAAUCAACGGUCUCCCUUGUCCAUUACGUUCACCAUCCUUCAACACCGCAUUAUCGAUCGACCAAGGCCAUAGAUCGAAAAUUGUUGGCUUAAGCACGGUAACAUACAACAAUGUAACAAACGAAGAAUUGCCAGAUGAGCUUUGUAGUUUGGACGAAGAUUUUGUGUUGACCGUAUGGACAGUAGUGGAUAGUUGGGCAGACGCUUCUGAAGUUUCAGAACACAAGAGUGCUGGCACUGCACCUUGGAGUUCAGUAAGACUGGUAAAAAUGCAAACUUUCAAUGCUAACAAAAAUGUGCCUAGAUACUUGUCUGACGGUGUUACGGCAACAUGUCUAUGCUUGAAUAACGAGCAAGACGCUUUUAUUGGUACUAAUUCUGGAUUAGUUUUCCGGUAUAACAUAGGAGGACACAAAGUAUGGCCAUCGUAUUUUACCAACGAGAAUACAGUUGAACACUUUGCCGUUAACUCUGUGGAUAUUUGCCCAUUUGACUUAAGUUUUUUUUUGGUCGCAUGUUCAAGGAACGGAGUUUUGCUGUACCGAGCUAGUCGUCCAGAAGCAGUUAGACGAUUGAUUGCGUUGCCGAGGGACGGGUCAGGUGCUCAAACGAGUAUAGUGAAAGCUCGAUGGUGUGUCGGAUAUCCUGGCAUCGUUUUUGGGUUGGAUUCAUUAUCUAGCUUACAUGUGUGGGACCUUUGCGACAAUACCACCACGCCCAAAAUGUCAGUAUCGUUCCCAGGAAAGACUGUUACGGCCAUUUCAUUGAUGUCAACGCCAACAAAUCGAAACACAUACUUGGGAUUGGCAUUUGUGGACGGCACAGUUGAAUUGCACCAGUUGAAGUUGGACAAAAGGAACGAGACAAGCGAGCAUUGCGACCAGCUCACUAGUUUUCUGGCCGCUCUAUAGAAACGAACUUGCUUCAAGCUUCUAAUAUAAU